AUGUCUGUUUUAGCUUGGAAUUGUAGGGGAGUGGGUAAGAGUAGCUUCCCAAUUCUCAUUAAAGAUCUAAAAUUUAGAUAUAAAGUUAGCAUUUUGGCUUUGUUUGAAGUUAAAAUUGGUGGUGCUAGGGGAGAGGAAAUUAUUAGGAAGCUGGGUUUUCCUAAUUAUUAUAGACAGGAUCCUGUUGGGUUUUCGGGUGGGAUUUGGUUGCUUUGGGAAGGUAGCAUGGUGGAUGUUCAAGUGUUAGAUAAUCAUCAUCAGUUUAUUCACACCAGGGUGUCCUAUCUGGAGUCCUUGGCUUCUGAGUUUGUCACCUUUGUUUAUGGUAGUCCUAGGAGAUUGGAGAGGAGAUCUUUAUGGGCUGAUUUGGAGGCUAUCAGUUCUGGGGUUGCUGGUCCUUGGAUGGUUCUGGGGGACUUUAAUGCUAUUCUCAAGGCUUCUGAGAAGAUAGGGGGGAAGGAUCUUUGCUAUAAAAGUAUGGAGGAAUUUAAUCAAUGUCUAAUUGAUUGUGAAAUUAGCGAUCUUGGGUACAAAGGCCCUGACUUUACAUGGAAGAGGGGCAGACUCCAUGAGAGGCUUGACAGAGUGUGUGCCAAUGAAGCUUGGAGUUUAGCUUGGGAUUACAGAUAUGUGUCCCACCUUCCUUAUUAUAAUUCUGAUCACAGGCCUGUUCUGCUUUGUGAUGGGGGUCACUCUGCUCCCGUUGAACACACUAGGAGCUUCAAGUUCAUGGCAGCUUGGCUAACAGAUAGUAGGUUCAAUGAUCUAGUCAGGAAUAGCUUUGAAGGGGAUGUAAACUGGUUGGAUGCUAGGAAUCAGUUUGAGUCUGAAGCUAAAGUUUGGCACCAGGAUGUAUUCAAGGAGGAAAUUAAAAAGAAAAAUAGAUUAUACUCUCGGUUGAAUGGUCUGGACUCCUAUAGAUUUGGUAAAUAUGAUCACAAUACAGAAUUACUUCAGAAGGAAUUGUGGAGGAAGUUGCAGGCUAUUCUGGUUCAAGAAUAG